AUGGAUAGCAACCCAUUCAACAACCACGAAGACAUGACUAUGCACGAAGCUGCAGGAAUAUCUAUGCAAGAUGAAGACAUGCUGGAAGGGACUUUGGUUCUUGUGAACGAACUGCUGGAGUCUGUUACGACGGGAAUGCAGCAAGAUAUCCUCGAAACCGCGAUUACAGUACUACGGGAGGCCAUCCGCGAAGCUGACGGCGACAGCGAGACAAAGGCGAAGGCAGAGGUUGCCCUGAUCAAAGCCCUUAUAACCCGUUUCGCGUGCCACGGAUGGGUGGAGGAUCUGGACGAAGCGACGAGGCUUUUGAAAGGCAACGAGGCCAUCAAAUCCGCCUUCAUCCUUGAAUUGCAGAUGAUGGGUCAUGAGGGGGAACACUACCCUGAAAUUGUCACAUUCUCUCUCAACCUUCUUCAUGAAUAUCGACAGUCAAUCGACAAAUCCAACCUCGACACCGCCAUCACUGUUGCGAAUGAAGCCCUUGCGUCGCAUCAUGGCGUGAUCAAUCAUCGAGCCCAGCUGUCGCUUCGUGCUGGAAACGCAUUGGUGUUGAGGUACUUGUCCUGUGGCGACGAGAAAGACUUUUCGUUGGCUAGGGCGUUAUUUCACGACGCCAAGGAAGCGUGCGGAACAGGGGAUCCCAUGCUCUUUAUUGCCCUUGUUGACCUGCGGCACGUUGGGUUUGUCAACUUCCUGGAAAGUGGGAUGCUACAAGGGAUGAGUGGGCUUCAAGAAAUGGCACAGUAUGGUCAAGCGGCUCAGGCCGAAGAUCAAAAAGGGCAAGAAGCGUACAUUCUGGGAUCAGAGUUGAUGCAAGGAGACAAACUCGCGAUCGAUGAAGCCAUCCUGCAAUUUCGUCGCUCGCUUUCCCUCCGGCCUCCACAGCACCCAAGGCGACACGACACUCUUGCGCAUUGUGCCCUUGCGUUGGGCAACCGAUUUGGCUGCACUGGUCAGAUCAAAGAUCUGGAGGAGAGUAUCAGUCUUCAUAAAGAGGCACUAUCUCUCCGUCCUCAUGGCCAUCCCGACCGCAACUUCCUCGACCUGGACGAGUGCAUUGCCCUCCACAGGGAAGCUCUCGAUCUCCGCCCUCAUGGCCAUCCUCACCGUGCCGGCUCGCUCAACAACCUGGCGAAUGCCCUCUCCACUCGCUUCGACAACAAAGGCGACUUCCGCGACCUGGACGAGUGCAUUGCCCUCCACAGGGAAGCGCUCGAUCUCCACCCUCAUGGCCAUCCCGACCGUGCCAGCUCGCUCAACAACCUGGCAGUCGCCCUUUCCACUCGCUUCGGGAACAAAGGCGACUUCCGGGACCUGGACGAGUGCAUUGCCCUCCACAGGGAAGCGCUCGAUCUCCACCCUCAUGGCCAUCCCGACCGUGCCAGCUCGCUCAACAACCUGGCGGGCGCCCUCUCCACUCGCUUCGACAACAAAGGCGACUUCCGCGACCUGGACGAGUGCAUUGCCCUCCACAGGGAAGCGCUCGAUCUCCACCCUCAUGGCCAUCCCGACCGUGCCAGCUCGCUCAACAACCUGGCAGUCGCCCUUUCCACUCGCUUCAGGAACAAAGGCGACUUCCGGGACCUGGACGAGUGCAUUGCCCUCCACAGGGAAGCUCUCGAUCUCCGCCCUCAUGGCCAUCCCGACCGUGCCAGCUCGCUCAACAACCUGGCAGUCGCCCUCUCCACUCGCUUCGACAACAAAGGCGACUUCCGCGACCUGGACGAGUGCAUUGCCCUCCACAGGGAAGCGCUCGAUCUCCGCCCUCAUGGCCAUCCUCACCGUGCCGGCUUGCUCAACAACCUGGCGAAUGCCCUCUCCACUCGCUUCGACAACAAAGGCGACUUCCGGGACCUGGAUGAGUGCAUUGCCCUCCACAGGGAAGCUCUCGAUCUCCACCCGCAUGGCCAUCCCCACCGUGCCGGCUCGCUCAACAACCUGGCGAAUGCCCUCUCCACUUGCUUCGACAGCAAAGGCGACUUCCGCGACCUGGACAAGUGCAUUGCCCUCCACAGGGAAGCUCUCGAUCUCCGCCCUCAUGGCCAUCCCGACCGUGCCAGCUCGCUCAACAACCUGGCAGUCGCCCUCUCCACUCGCUUCGGGAACAAAGGCGACUUCCGCGACCUGGACGAGUGCAUUGCCCUCCACAGGGAAGCUCUCGAUCUCCGCCCUCAUGGCCAUCCUCACCGUGCCGGCUCGCUCAACAACCUGGCGAAUGCCCUCUCCACUCGCUUCGACAACAAAGGCGACUUCCGCGACCUGGACGAGUGCAUUGCCCUCCACAGGGAAGCUCUCGAUCUCCGCCCUCAUGGCCAUCCCGACCGCGCCAGCUCGCUCAACAACCUGGCGGGCGCCCUCUCCACUCGCUUCGACAACAAAGGCGACUUCCGGGACCUGGACGAGUGCAUUGCCCUCCACAGGGAAGCGUUAUCUCUCUUUUCUCGAGGCAAUCCCCACCGUGCCGGCUCGCUCAACAACCUGGCGGUCGCCCUCUCCACUCGCUUCAGGAACAAAGGCGACUUCCGGGACCUGGACGAGUGCAUUGCCCUCCACAGGGAAGCGUUAUCUCUCUUUUCUCGAGGCAAUCCCCACCGUGCCGGCUCGCUCAACAACCUGGCAGUCGCCCUCUCCACUCGCUUCAGGAACAAAGGCGACUUCCGGGACCUGGACGAGUGCAUUGCCCUCCACAGGGAAGUGCUCGAUCUCCACCCUCAUGGCCAUCCCGAUCGCGCCAGCUCGCUCAACAACCUGGCCAACGCACUCUUCGCCCGCUUCGGGAAGACACACGACUUCCCGGACCUCGAGGAGUGCAUUCGGCAUCGACGGGAACACUUGGAAAUUUCUUUCCUAUCUCCCGAAGACCAACAGAGUGACAACUGUGCCUUGGGAAAUCACACUGAAGGCCUGAAAGCAAUCGUGAGCCUUGUGCAGUCUCUCAGGGAAAAUUACAAGCACCUUGGCGACAACGAUACGCUGCAAGAGAUUUUCGCACUUUUAGAAACUGGAGUUCGAUGCCACGGUGCAUCCCCCUUGGUCAGACUAGACCAUGCCAGGCUUUGGGCGUCCAUUUGUCGUGAAUUCCAUCGUCCCCGCACCGCACUAGACGCUUAUCGUCAUGGCAUAUCUUCACUUCCCGUCCUAGCCUCCCUCGACCUCACGCUCGAACAACGCCAGAAUGUUCUCGUCUACGCCAAGGAUUUAUCAAAGGAUGCGGUUCAGUGUGCGAUCGAGCAAAAUGAACUCGAUACAGCGCUUGUAUUUCUCUCCACCGCUCGGUCUGUAUUUUGGUCCCAAGCCCUCCAAUUCCGUGGUUCACUCGAUCGCCUCAACGCUGUUCAUCCCGACCUUGCAUCGGAACUCCGAACGGUUACUCGCCAGCUGCAGUUCGCGACCGACACAACAACCACAAACUCGCACAAUACCGUCUGGAAGUACCCAGCCACUCCGUCCCUGCCAUUCGCCAGUUGGCCAGGGGACGAGAAAUCGGUCUUCAGGGAGGAUCCUCACUUGACCGUCGACGACGAUUUUAAGGUUGUUCUUCGUGUUCUGUGGGAUAGGGUAGGCCAACCAGUUGUCCAGGCUCUCCGGCUGGAGAAGACGAACACCCCUCGUAGAAUCUGGUGGUGUCCAACCGGCCCUUUCACGUUCCUUCCCAUCCAUGCUGCCGGGAAUUAUACUCCCUCUCCUUUAGAAUCCGAGUGCUUAUCCGACUAUAUCGUAUCGUCUUAUUGCUCGACUCCCCAGGACCUCAUCACCCCACAACCAGUGCCUAAUCCCGAUUUCAAGAUGCUUGUCGUUAUUGAACCCGACCGACCCGAACCCGGUGUAUCAAGCCUCCCAUCGACCAGGCAAGAACUAGAGAAGAUCAAAUUACACAUCCCCGAAAAUGACCGUCUGAUUACCCGCGCUGGGCCAAAGUCGAGCUCUGGAAAGUCUAUUUUGGACGACAUCAACACUGCAUCCAUCGUCCAUUUUGGCUGCCAUGGGAUGCAAGACCCAUCGAAUCCACUUGACAGCUACCUGCUACUCAGUGACAGGCGCUUAACGAUGUCGUCGCUCAUUCGGGAUUGUCAGACCUCGACGGCAGCCCUUGCCUACCUCAGUGCUUGCGAGACAGCCAUGGGUGAUGACCAACGACCGGAUGAGUCUCUCACUCUGGCUGCCACGAUGCAGUUUGCGGGUUUCCGCAGCGUGGUUGCGACGAUGUGGUCAAUCCACGACCACGAUGCGCCCAUCGUAGCGGAUGCCUUUUAUCGUCAUCUCUUCCGGCACGGUACUGCGGCCCCGCCAGACGUCACCGACGCAGCAUAUGGACUGCACCUUGCUGUGAAGGAACUGCGGGAGCAGGGAACGUCUUUCCAUCGUUGGGUUCCUUUUGUUCAUCAUGGAGUUUGA